GCACUCAGGAUAUACAAUUUUAUCUAAUCAACGAAUUUUAUCGAUGUUAUUUAAAGUACGUGCGCACGAAUAAGUACACGGCAUAUUGUCCGAUUCUUCUUAGUGAGAAACUUAUACGCGAAUUUAGUGAGAAAAGGAAGUAGAGAACAUUCGCACGAUGGAUAACGUACAAAAUAAGACCGUCAUGAUCACCGGUGGGGCCGGCGGUUUGGGCAGCGAAUUCGUCAAAAUAAUGCUGAAGAAUGGCGCGAAGAACGUCGCCAUCGUGGAUUUGCCGACAACACAGGGUCGGAAGCAAGCGACUGAGUUGGAAGACAAAUACGGUAAAGGUCGUGCUGCCUUCUUUCCCUGUGACAUAGCGGACACCAAGGAAGUCGAGACGACAUUCAAGAAGAUCUUGGACGCGUUCGGCGAGCUCAAUAUUGUCGUCAACAACGCCGGGUUGGCGAACGACAGACGGAUGGAGCAAACGAUGGAAGUGAAUGUCAUGUCGCUAAUACGCAUCUCAUUAUUGGCCUUCGAUCACAUGGGAAAGCACAAGGGUGGUAAAGGCGGUGCUAUCGUCAACAUAUCGUCCAUAUUCGGGCUAUCCUCGGAGAAAUGCGGUAUACCGAUCUAUUGCGCCUCGAAGUACGCGGUAACUGGUUUCAGUCACAGCCUGGCGAACUUCCACUACAUCAGUGGAGUGCGCAUCCUCACGUUAUGCCCGGGCGUCACUUUAACGCCGCUUGUCACCGACAAGACUCACAAGCGGGCUUUGGAUUUCGUUGACUUAAACGUCUUCAGCCUGGAAAACUUACCGCAACAGACUCCCGACAAUGUGUCGCGCGCGCUACUGCAUCUCAUACAAAAAGGUGAAAACGGCGCGACCUGGGUAACCGAGGACAGCCAGCCGCCCUACGCGGUGGAUUUUCCUCAUUACUCUAAGCGAGCCUCGCCUGUGUAAGUAUUUUUUAGUGCAACGUCCACAUAUACAUCAGAGUCGUACACGUGUGACUAAUCUUUCAUGGGAGACCAGAGUCAGAUAUGUGUGACAAUGAAUUAAUACUUUUUUUCUAUAUCUGUAUAAACGAUUGUAAAACUACGUUACUUUUAUGUAAUCGUAUAAAAAUAAUAUAAAAUGGUUUAUAGUAAGGAUUCCUCGAAUAAAUCAAAUAACACGGUGUAUAAAUCGAAAAAUUUGACGUUCCUUUGAUUUUUCCUUUGAAUUUUUGUUUUUGUUAUGGAUGAAGUUUCGUUGUUAUGUAAUUUAGUAGAAUAUAAUAAUAUAUAAGAUUUCGUUAUAUAUGACAAGCCGAUAACUCAUGGAAAAAUACGCAAUAUAUAUUUACAUACGAGUAAAUUGACGCGGGGUCUGAUAGGUAGAUGUUAUGUUCUUGAAAAUUUUUCACUACGAUCGUGUUUCACUUUGCGUUUUUUUUUUGUUGCAACUGCGUGCAAUUUUGAUCGUUAUUAUAUCGUUAUAUUUUAUAUUUUAAGACGUAUUAUGCUAUUUGUCUAAGUGUCAGGUAGAUAGAGAUGUUUCUAUUAAUGCUACGAAAACUGUUAAUGAAGCUAAUGCUUAACCCGUAACAGGUACCAUGGGAUCCCAGGGACCUCAACUAAUUUUAUUUUUGUGAUAAUUCCUAAACUAUCCAUUGUAUGGCGCUAUCUUCAGUACCUUUCGAGUAACAGUUUUCAGUAUGACAGAAGAAAAGAUCAUCGAGUUAUUUGUAAAUAGCUGUGAAUUAUAUGCAUUUGUUUUUCGUAUGGGGUCACAGUGACCCCAUUGUACCGUUAACGUUACUUUUAU